AUGAUCAGCCCCGAAUGCGCAAACUGUGUAGGUGACACACCGGGAGACGACCAGACACGCUCGGUCAACAUCGGCGUCGUGCUGGGCGUGCUGGGCGGGAUGGCGCUGAUCGCACUGGUCGUGUUCGCUGUCGUUCCCGUCGCGCGGCGCCAAACGCGGCGUCGUGUGGGCAGCCGGGGCGACGAGGAGAGCGGAUUCCUUCCUUCUCGGCGAUCAUCUUCCCGUCAUCAAAAGAUGCAGCUCGAGGAGCCAGCCGGUCCGGACGUGCUCCUGCCCCUCAUCGAUCCAGUGUCCACCAUAACCUGGUCAGAUCUCCGCUCCAAGAACGCGAGCGCUGAUUCAUUUCAGGAGGCCGGCCUGUACUCCUUCCGCACGGGCGACGCGACCACCUCGCACCCUAGCUUCGACGCCUCCAGCUCGGACUCGGACAUGGACGACACGGGGCAGCAGGACGCGUGCGACGCCCAAAUGUCAGCGGGGGCUUUGAAACAUAGUCCGACGCCCCCGGGGCUCCCGUCCAAGAUUGGCGCCAGCACAGCUACAGCAGCCCCGUCGUACUCAUCUACGCCCGCCGCGGUCGCGGACUCUGCCCUCCAUGCUGGUAUGUACCCCCUCAGCCCCGUCUCGCCCGUCCUCUCCAUGUCGCGCGGCGCGAGUCGGUCGCGCCCAGGCACCGCCCGCCCAGGCAUGGAGCCCCUCCUCGAGGACGGCGGCGGCAGCCCCGCAGAGCCGCCCCCGCUGCGGCAACUACCAUCGCCGCCCUCCUCGCCCGAUCAGUACGAACCGAACUACCGGGGCAGCGCGUCGAGACGACGGCCGAGCGUCACCUCCAACCAGACCGCGCCCUCCGUCCUCCCGUACCGCCCGCGAUCGUCCACGACGACGUCUCUCCCGCUCUCUGCCGCGUUCCGCACGAGCCUCCUCUCCGGCACCCCCUCCGCACAUGCCUCGUCGAGCACGCCGCCCCGAUACCCCACCCUGGCUGUCCCCGUGUCCCGCUCGCGCGCGAGCUCGGUCUCCCUCGCGCCGAUACCAGAUGUAUCGCCUACUGAACGACCGAUGGACGCGGUCCGCCGGAUGAGCACGACCGAGCUGCGCCACCGCCACCCCUUGUCCACCACUGCAGCCACCGCCAGCACCCACAGUGGUAGUCAUUCCGCGACGCACGGAAGCGGAAGCCAGGACGCGAUGCAUGGGGGGCACGCGAGUGGUCCGUCGCGCAUGCCGGACUACGGCGAGGCGGGCCCGUCGAGCUGGCAGCGCCGGAGCAGUAUGCAGCUGGAGCGCAGCCCGCCGACGUUGACGAGCUCGCCGUCGCCGCUGUCGCCCCCGCCCUCUGCGCGCCCCUUCCGGCCGCUCCCCGUCCCCGGCGCUCAGAGCGCGUCCACCGCGCGGCCCACCACGGCGCCCGGGCCACACACGCAACCACAUCCCCCAGCCCAUUUGCAAUCGCAAUCUCAAUUGCCAUCGCAGCCCCAUCAACAUCUGCCCGCACUCGUGCGGAAGAGAGACAGCCCCGCGCUCAGGCCACUCCCCGCGUCGCCCUUUGCGUACGGAGGCGCGGGCCCCGCGGUCAGCCGGCAGCCGAGCACCGCGUCGACGCGCACGCGCUCGAGCAGCGUGAUGAGCGAGCGGUCGCUGCCCCGGCAGCUCCCUCCCCUGGCCCCGCUGCCCCCGCUCGACUUUAACUCGGACUUCGCGACGCAUGGGGACUCGGACUCGAGGAGCGUCAGGUCGCGGAGGAAGUGA